AUGACAAAUUUCUCUCAUCGGCUCUCCUCUAUCCUCCGCAACAUCAAGAGCCUUGCUCCCCUUCUGGACCGCGUCCUGGUCCAGCGCAUCAAGCCCGAGGCCAAGACUGCCUCCGGUAUCUUCCUUCCUGAGAGCAGCGUCAAGGAGCAGAACGAGGCCAAGGUUCUCGCUGUCGGCCCUGGUGCUGUCGACCGCAACGGCCAGAGAAUCCCCAUGUCUGUUGCUGCUGGCGACAAGGUUCUGAUUCCUCAGUUCGGUGGCAGCCCCAUCAAGGUCGGUGAGGAAGAGUACACUCUCUACCGGGAUUCUGAGUAUGUUUUCCCUUCAAGCAGCAGACCGCGAAUUCGGGGACCAAUACUAACACUUUCCCCAGGAUCCUUGCCAAGAUCAACGAAUAAAUGA